AGUCUGAUGCCAUUUCCUGCUAAGUCAUACAGCCGCAAAAGGGCUCUCCACGUACAAGCCCACCCGAAUGGGGCUGGAUGGAUAAUGUAUAAAACCUACCUCAUGAUCCUUCCGAAAGACCAUAUCUUGGCCGCAACGUUCAAUAUCAGCUCUUUACUACGCCCAAUAACUCUCAGAUAUGCCAAUCGAUACUUCAUCAGACGUUCAUGCCGCUGUCUCGAACGGAAUUCCACCUCCAGACUUUGAGCUUCCAUUUCCAGACGGACCUGAAAUCAUCACUGCUAAUCUCUUGAAGUUAACUGAGCUAACGCCAGACCCCCGCACAAAGUUUAUCUUCCAGAACCUUGUCAAGUACCUACACCAAUUUGUCAAAGCCACAAAUCUAUCUACUGAAGAAUGGAUGUUAGCUAUUAACUUUCUGACGCGUGUUGGUCAGACCUGUACUCCACUGCGUCAAGAAAUGAUCCUUCUUUCCGACGUCCUGGGCGUCUCGGCUUUGGUUGAUUCCCUCAACAAUCCCGUUACCGAAGGCGCGACAGAAAGUAGUGUGCUGGGUCCGUUUUUCACCGAGGACGCUGCCGAUGUUGCCCUUGGCGACUCUAUUGCAUCUGAAGGAAAGGGCGACUAUAUGUAUGUGGAGGGUAGCAUAAAGACAACGGAAGGAAAACCAGUACCUGAUGCUGUGAUCGAAACUUGGGAAACGGAUGCGGAUGGUUUCUACGAUACGCAAUACGCUGAUCGCACUCACCCUGACUGUCGAGGACGCCUUCGGUCAGGUAAGGAUGGAAAAUUCGGUUAUCGAGCCGUCGUACCUGUCGCAUAUCCCAUUCCUGUAGAUGGCCCUGUCGGCGACCUUCUCAUGGCACUCAACCGGCACAACAUACGUCCCAAUCACCUGCACAUGAUCAUAGAAGCACCAGGAUUCAACAAACUUGUCACUGCAUUCUACCCUGAAGGAGACAAGUAUGUGUACAGCGAUUGUGUAUUCGGUGUCAAGAAAUCUUUAGUGGUAACUUUGAAGGAUAUCAAAGAUGACAAUGAGGCUCGAAAGCGUGGAUUUCCAAAUGGAGGAUCAUUCAAACUUCUGGAACUCAAUCUUGUGCUCCUCUCAGAGGAACAAAAGAAGGCCAAUCGGGCACAGUACGAUAGAGAGCAUGGCAUAUACGAGUGAAAGACAGCUGCGUCUAAAGAAUAGGCUUACGUGAGUUAUGCGUCUGUAUUAUUUCUGUACUAUUCAGGCGAACAUUCAACAUGGUUGCCGUCAAUACUACAAUAACUUGAGCUCUUUGUAUGAAUGUAAUGGAUGAAGCCCUACAGCGAGGUCACAUGUGACAAUAAAAUACAUUUACACGUCACGACGCGACGCGUUUGUUUGUGGAUAUUUAAUUUAAAGGUCGUCCACUCU